AUGGGGGCGGUGGGGAGCCCCGGCCCCGGCGCGGGCGGCGCUGCCUCGGCUCCUCCGCCGCCGCCGCCGCCGCCUUCGGGAACCGCCGCGCUCGAAGCGGCGGCCUUUGUGAGCGCUGCUGCUCGGCUGGGCGGACACCACGCAGGUCACAGAAUCAUAGAAUCAUUGAGGCUGGAAAAGAAGUUCAAAAUCCCAAAGUCCAACCAUAAAAAGAAUACUUGCAAGAGAAGCAGAGCAAAACCUAUGAAGAUGAUAUUGUCUGCUGUUGGAGUCAGUAGCUCCAAGGAAGAUGGCAAUAUUCCAGCCUCCAUAAAAGCAUAAAGAUUAUACCUCACUUUACAAACCCUUUCUUGAA